GAAAAGGAAGCCGUCACAUUAGAAAACAAGAGCAAGACACCAGAUUUGAAAAUUUUAAUCCCAACUGAAAAAGCUGUUGAAAGACAAGUUGACGAAAGAGCUGAGAAAGAGGGAACAAAGAACGAAGGACCUGCGAUUGACACAUUGGGUGAGUACGCCCAGCAUGCCAGGCGGUCGCGUAGUCGACAACGGAAAGUUAUAAGUCCUGAUUCAGAAGAACCUGGAUUUGCUUCAGAACCUGAGAAGGAAAUUGAAAAAGAAGCUGAAAAACCACACGAAGCGGAAAACAUCAAAGAGCCAUCCAAAAAGGACAUCAACAAAGACAAAUUCGGAACAGCUCCAUUUGAAAGCGAGAAGAAACCUAAAGAAGCUUCGAAAUCGACGAAAUCGAAAUCAAAGAACGACAAGCCGAAGUUCGUGAUUGAAUCAUCGCUCGGAAAAGAUUUCUAUGCCACUCGGAAAUCGAAUGAGAGUGUCAACUCACGAGAUAGUGUUCAUGAUGAUGUCGUAAAAUCUUCGUUCAAACCCGAACUUUCCGCGCUUGUGUUCGAAAAUAAAAUUGUGGAAGAAACGUACACAUUAAAACAGGGAGAAUCGCCGGUUGAAGAAGCCAUUAGCUUGGGGGAAGCAGAGUUUGAAGACGUUGAUUUGAGGCUGGAACAGAGCUUGAAGAACGAAAGGCGAGAAAUUACGCGGAGUGUUGACGAACUCGACGAAAAAACUGUAAAAUGCAUAGGAUGUGGACGAGGUGGAAAGUGUUCCAUAAUGUAGUUGGAACAAUAGCUAGGCAUUCUGAGUUUAUUUUCGAUUUCAUAGUCGAAUUAGUGUUAAUGUGUAACCGCCAUGCAUUUCAAGUGUCAUCUCGUUUAAAAGAAAACAUUUAUAUUCCUUCGUGUUGGUGUUCAGAAGUAACUGGGUUUGAAUGAUAGCAUGAGUUUAUAAUGCAAAUUUGCUAUUAAAAAUUAUAUAAUCGUA